AUGUCCCGUAUCAGCCUGUGGGCAGCGAUUGUUCUAUUGACCCAGCUUGGAAAGGUCUGUGGAGACUGUUGGCUGAUCGAGGGAGAGAAAGGCUAUGUCUGGCUGGCAAUCUGCAGCCAGAACCAACCCCCUUAUGAGGCCAUCCCUCAACACAUCAAUAGCACUGUGCUGGAUCUCCGCCUCAAUGAGAACAAACUCAAAAUCCUCCUGUACAGUUCCCUCAGCCGCUUUGGCAACUUAACCGACCUGAACUUGACGAAAAACGAGAUCAGCUACAUUGAAGACGGCGCCUUUUUAGUCCAGUCAAACUUGCGCGUGUUGCAGUUGGGCUACAACAAGCUGACGAACCUCACAGAGAAUAUGCUCCGGGGCCUAACCAGGCUGGAGUAUAUGUAUGUCCAGCACAACUUGAUUGAGAGCAUCUCGGUGAACAGUUUCUGGGAGUGCCCCAACCUCAUCAGUAUUGACCUGUCUGCCAACAAGUUGGCUAAACUGGAGAGCAACACCUUCACCAGUCUCAGUGGCCUUAUGGUGUGCGAGCUGGCGGGCAAUCCUUUCAAUUGCUCCUGCGAGCUCGUUGGUUUCUUGAAUUGGCUCGCCGAGUUUAACAAUGUCACAAAGACGUAUGACAGACUGCAGUGUGAGAGUCCGGCAGAAUAUGCUGGCUAUCCCUUGUUGAGCCCGAGGCCAAACAGUAACCACAAUGCCAUCAGUCUACUUGCUUCCUCCUGUCGGAAUGGAGUGAAAGUUGUUCCAUUUUCCACACCUAUGGCUUCGAAAGAUCCCGAAGCCUACUCUUCAGGAAUCAACCCAGCAGAAUUCUCUUCCACGGAGCCUAUUACGACGUAUACUCUAGACACUUCAAAUAGCCCUACCAUCAAACUACACCAUGUGACCAUCACCGGGGCAACACUAGUGGUUCAGAUCCCUUCCCCGUACAGCAGAAUGUACAUUCUCGUUCAGUACAACAAUAGUUAUGUUUCUGAUGUGACAAAUCUACGCAACAGGAAAGAAUAUAUUAAGCUGGAGAAGCUGAAGGCCCAUACAGAUUAUACCUUCUGUGUGGCUUCCAUCCAAAAGUCCCAGAGGUUCAACCACACCUGCCUGACAUUUGCCACAAGAGGGCGAAUGAUAACCCAGCCCUCCAACUCUUCCACCACCACACAUUACAUUAUGACUAUCCUGGGAUGCUUGUUCGGCAUGGUCAUUGUUCUGGGUGUGGUUUAUUACUGCUUGCGUAAGAGAAGGAUUCAAGAGGAGAAACAGAAGUCGAUCAAUGUGAAGAAAACCAUCUUGGAGAUGAGGUACGGGCCAGAGUCCGAGACGAGCAGUAUGAUUCACUCAAUGCAAAAGUUCCAUGAGCAACCUAUUUCAGUAUCGAGGAUGUCCUCACUUCCCUCUGUGUCAGGGGAGAAGGGCCAAUUCAAGCCAAUGGAAGUCAACGAGACUCCCAAAGCCACCAAGGGCAACUAUAUAGAAGUCCGCACAGGGGAGGCCACCGACCGCGAGGAAGUGAAACAGACCGAUAAUGGGGAAGGGUCGACAGCAGAAAUCUCCACUAUUGCCAAAGAGGUGGACAAGGUCAACAAGAUCAUCAACAACUGCAUCGAUGCUUUGAAGCUGGAUUCUGCUGCUUUUAUCGGCGCUGAUUCUGAGAUGUCCAUUGACCGCCAAAUCACGCCCAGCACUUCCUCCUCCCAGCUGGAGAGGCCUGGUUUCCUUUCCCCGACCUACAAAGAGGGAGGUUACCCACUGCAAAGGCAAAGCAGCGUGGACACCGGCAAGAAACGCUGCAGUAUCUCAUCCAGCGGUUCCGGGAAGAGCACCCGAGUCUUCAGCCUCGACAUACCCGACCAGGCAUCCAAGACAGAGGCAAAAUACAUCGAGAAGAGCAUCCCCACACCUACGCCUUUAAAGCGUCUUCCAUCAGUGGCCCAGGGAGAAAUCCACCGUCUGGAGGUACAGCAAACCUACCACUGCAGUGAACAUCGCCACUCCUUCCCUGCCUUGUAUUAUGAAGAACACGGGGACACUAUAAGCCAGAGGUCCACACUAUUAAAGCCACUCUCCCGAUCCAAAAGGGACUCCGCCUACUCCCAGCUCUCCCCCAGGCACCAGUUCUCUGGAUAUUCCUCCAGCCCGGAGUACUCAUCGGAAAGCACUCACAAGAUCUGGGAGAGGUUCCGCCCCUAUAAAAAGCACCCUCGGGAGGAGGUGUACAUGGCAGCUGGUCACGCCUUGCGAAAAAAAGUCCAGUUUGCUAAAGACGAAGACUUGCACGAUAUUUUAGAUUAUUGGAAAGGUGUUUCUGCCCAGCAAAAGUUGUGA